AUGGAUUCUCAAUCGUCGCGAGGCCACGCCCCACUGUGCCGUACUUCGCAACGUCCCCAACACCACCAAUAUUAUCAACCGAUCCAAGCGUAUCCGCCGAUGCACCAUAACUCGAACUUUACGAUUGGAGCUCCGCCGGGACUCAUCCAGGGACCUCCUCCGGGAUUGGCUCCCGUCCAGUUGAGCAACGACUUCGACUCGUGUUACAGGUUCGCUUUUAUUUUGGAAUUUAUUUGAACAAUUUUAGGUAGCAAGCACAUAAAAAGAUCAUGGUGGUACAAUGGACUUCAAGAACAUUUUCGACGUUGUCACAUUCUGACGACUCCUAAAAUUAUCAUUGCCAGACCCCGUUUCGAGUCCGAAACCAACGCCACUUCCCCCUUUUCCCCCCAAUUUCCCAUUUGCCAUUUCCAGCCGGAAAUCAGUGCGAGUACUCUCGGUUUCUAAAUGCGAAAAUUCUCUUUUUUUUUCGGAGGAAAAAAUAUUAAUUUUCUCAUGUGACCGACGCGAAAAUAACCGCAAUCCCGGAAGCACCUAACGUGCAUUUUCAUGGGAUUUUUGGAUUUUCUCUCAUUUUUUUUUCUAGCGUUUUUUUUUUUUGAGUGGGCGUAUAGGUCUUCUUUUCGGAUAAAAUUGCAUUAUUUUAUACUUUUCGAACAACCGAUCUUUCCGCAAUAAACCGGCCUUUUCGGCCUCUGAUUCACAUGUUUCGGGACCGGUUAAUCGGAUCGAUCUGAAAUUUGGACCCUAUGUACUUCAAUGCAAGUCAUGAAACUUGGGUGGACGAUUCACUGAAAUCCAUCACGAAAAAUUAUGAAUCUUUUUGGAAACAGAAAAUUUUUUUUACUAAAGUGCAUUUGUUGCAGCUCGUGCGACGAUAUUUCCCAUCCGUCUCUGAGUCGUGAAUCGUCGGAUCCCAGCAAAAUUGAUGGUGAGUUUUUAUUUUAUCUUAUUUGCAGUCUACAAUAUCGAUUUUUGCAGAAGAACAACAUGGAAUGAUACGAUAUCCGUCGCCGGAAGUCGUCGAAUUCGCCACUAAACUCGGUUAUACGGUCGAACAACUGAGCCACGUUUUGAAUGCGAUCGGAGUGGACGCCAGGAUGGUCAGCAUUUUUCCUAUAUUCUCCAGUUACUUUUCGUUAUUUUAAGCGCUUGUUGGUGUCUGUAGCAUUUAUUAGAAAUUUCUUGCGGGACGAGAGAAAAACCAUUUGUGCGGUAGAAGAGAGAGGCGCAAAUGAUAUUUCCCUCGCCCCGUGUUUUUUGUCUGCCGCGAGCGUUAAUCCGCCGAGGCCUGAAAAAAAGCGAUAAUUUUUCAAAUAAAUUGCAGGACGACAUACUCUCGGAGCUGGUGAAACUGGGGCUUCCGGACAAGAACCAGCCGUCGGACCACUCUCUGCUGACUUCUUCUCCGUCUUCCUCCUCUUCCUCUUCCUCUCCCUCAAUUCACAGUCAUCCGCCGGUCCGUGCCUGUUCGUCGAACGGACUUCCUCCCAAUCCCUCUUCCUCUGGCUCCACCACUGGGACCACUUCCAACAAGGACUUGAGGACCGUAGUCGUCGACGGAUCCAACGUGGCCAUGUUGUGAGUUGUUCCACACUAAUCCUGCGUUAUGUACUUGAAACAAAGCAUGAUAGACCCCUCCCGGUGAUUUCUUGCCAAAGAUCGGUGGCUUUUCCGCUCCGGAAACGACAAUUUUUGUCCAUUUUCCCGCUUUUUCCGCGCGGCAGAAAACACAGAAUGAGGCGAGAGAGAAAGAGAGAGAGAGCGAGUCGUCCGUUUUAUUAUGGCCGCCACCAGCCGGACACACUGCUUUCCGGACGCGCGAAAAAAGAGAAAAAGAGGGAAAGGGAGCAUAAUAAUGUAAACAGAGACAUGCUGAGCCGCGCCGAACGGAAAGAAACGGACGGCAGCAGGCGGCCGAAUGGCUCCGCGACCACCACUUUCUGUUUUGAUCCAUUUGAAUUUCGCGCCCAUUGUGAGCUCUCGAGACUGUACAUGAGACUUUUAUCAACAAGAUAUUUAAAUUAAUGAUAUUCAAGUUGCUCCCCGUUUUUCAGACACGGCCGAAAAGAGGUGUUUUCGUGUGCCGGACUCCGCGAGUGUCUCAACUAUUUUCUGGAAAGAGGACAUCCCGAAGUGCUCAUUUUUAUACCACAAUACAGGUGAGCACAUGAUUUUCUAUAUUUUUUUGUGACCAAAAUAUAUCAUUGUUUUGCAGACGGGAACAGCCUCGUUCGGACAGUCCGAUCACCGAUCAGCAUAUACUUCAGGAAAUCGAACGGCACAUUAUUUAUACGCCAUCUAGGUAAGCACUACAUGACAAACGUUUUAUUGCCUUUUUUUUGAAACUGCACUUUUCUCGUUUUGCGCAUUUUUGACCGUUUUCAGACAAAAUUGGAAUACAAACAUUUUGAGCGCUUGAACACUUCAAAUGGACCAAAUUUGACGGUCUUGCUUUUAAAAAACUAGUUUUAACCUAGUCAAUCGUUCUAUCGAAGCACAAAUGCGAAACUAUCGAUUUUUAGUGACUAAUUUGGCGAAUUCAGCGGCGCGCACUUUUGCCUACUCCAAGCUCUGGAGACGGUUAAUGUUCGAAACACUGUCAAUUUGCAGGAACGUGAACGGACGCCGCGUAGUUUGCCACGACGACCGGUACAUUCUGAGGACGGCCGAACUGAAGGACGCCGUCAUCGUCUCGAACGACGAGUACCGCGACCUGACGAGGGAGAAUCCGGUGUGGAGGAAGAUUGUCGAGGAGAGACUGCUCAUGUUCACCUUCGUAGAGGACAAGUACGUCUUUUGCGAGACUCUCUCAAAAAGUUCCGGAAAAAUUUCACCGUUUCACAAAUUGAUUAGCACAAAGUCGAAUUAGUUUGAAGACAUUUUAGUACUGCACCCUUAUUGCCGCGUUCAAAGUCUCGGAAAAACCGGAAAACCCGCAGGUUUUUCUGUCCAAAGUCGGCCGAAAUUUGCGUGAAAAACGGGGGUGUGCACAGCUGAACGAAUGUAACCGUACUCCUAAAACCGAGACUUUGGACGCCGACAUUAGUAAAAAAAAUGCCAAGAAAAUAGUCAGAAAAUCCUAUCCAGCACAACACAAUCGGUUGUUUCUUGAUGUUCCCAUCCACCGUGUUUUUUGUCCGCUUCUCAAAUAUUUGCGCGCUCCGACCUGUUUUUGUGCACUUUUCCGUCUUCGAUUCCGCCUCGUCUGCGAACAAAAGAGCAGAAAUGACGCGGAGCAUCCACUUGUUCACACACUUUUUUUUUUUUUUUGCAAAAAAAGUGUUUCGUUCUUUCUGGUGCACUCUGUUUGUGUGGCCUAGAGAUGAUAAGGGGUCUAAUCGUUAUCAAAAAGCGAUGAAUUUUCAGAUUCAUGCCGCCAGAUGAUCCAUCCGGCCGUCACGGUCCUCGAAUCGACAGUUUCCUGUCGAAAGUGCCCGUCGUCUCGUCGAAUCCGUUGAUUUGUCCGUAUGCGAGAAAGUGCACGUACGGCAACAAAUGCAAGUUUUAUCAUCCGGAAAGAGCGAAUGGGAACCAUAUGAGUGUGACGGACCGGCUCAUGAAGGAGAAUCAGCAGAAGAAGUCCCUCGGAGCAGGUAACUAUUGUUCUUCGUCAAAACAUUUACUAUCGCGACUGUAUUCAAAGUGAGUGCGCUGUGUUGCAUCUCCAGCUCCGGUGCUAAUUGAGAAAAGAGGACGCUCGCCCAGAACCUGGAAAUGUCCCGAUUCGAAAAAAUGUUACAGUUUCAAAAAAAGUUAGAAAAUUUUGAAUGAGCAUUUUGUUCACUUUUGACUAUCUGUGGCUUUUCAGAAAUAGUUUUCAACGAACGUUUUCAGUGAAAUCGAUGCAAUACGAGAUGUUCAAGAACAAGCACGCGGCGCUCUCGCGUACGCAAUCGCUGAACGUAGUCAAACCGCUGACGGAGAACCUCUCGCAACUGCCGCCGACGCCCGAGAAUCCGCCGAUGCACCAGAGGCAGCACAUGCAGCUGAGCCAGGCGAACAGCGCUCCGUGGCAGCAGCAUCAGGCCGUCCAGCGACACGGAUCGUCUCCGUUGACGCCCGUUAACCGACAGACUAACAGUGGUGGGUUGUUUUUUGGCUUUUUGAGACUGUUAGAACACUUGUAACAAGUAUUUGAGAGUCCGUUGUUACAAAACACUUGCUUGGAUCAUAAUCGUAAUUUUAUGUAGGCAAUCAGUUGUAUCCCUCAAAAUGUUCCGAAUCUUUCGCUCCUUGAGAAAUUAUAUCCAUUGUUUUUUAUCGCUUUCUGUUUGAGACAAACGAAAUUGCAGAAAAGUUGCAAAGAUCUAGCGAAUAGGCCGUUCUUGAAAAUUCUCAACGCUUCAUAACAUUCUGUAAUUCCAGCGCUCCACCACCCACACAUGCUGGAUCCGUCCCAGAUGCACCAUCAACCGCCACAUCAGCAGGUGCCCCAUCAUCAGCACGGAGUAAUCGGAUCGCAAAGGCCUAAAAUGACGGCGACCGUAUCGCAAACUCACCUUUACGCGCCCUCGACCGCCGUCUGGGGACACUCGGAACUCUCCGUCGGACCCGUCAACACUGGGUGAGUGAAGAUUACGAAGAAAUCGCAAAAAAAGUGUGUGUGCAGAGAAAUGAACGAGACGCUUUCGGAAGUGCGCGCCCGAGUCCACUUCCAUCUCUGUCACAUUUUCCCGGCCAACUACGUGGAGUCGGUAAUGGCCGCCCAUCCGGAAGAGGUCAACGCGCCCGUCCUCUGCGAGCUCAUCAUUCGCGCGCAAAAAGAGCAGGACAGAAAUAGUCGACGAUAA